CUUUCCCAUCACUCUAGGGGUUAUUAUCAGCUUUCCUCGUGUAGAUUAAGAGAGGACGAAUAAGAUAUUUACGUUAUGAUGGACUAAAGCGAUGAGUUUCCUUUCUAUAACUAAUUCCCUAAACUCUUCUAAAACUGAAAUUUCCCUAGAUGUGCUGCACAGGAACAAAAAAAAGAGAGAGAAGAAUGUGAAACACACCUGGUUCAUUUCAGAAAGGCACUAGGACCUAGAGGAAAUGUACUGCCUUAUGAGUCAGCCUUAAUACUGGAGCUCCUGAAACCAGUGAAUGAGAACAGACAUGUGAAUGGCUCAGCUGGGUUUCAAAGCAUUUUGUGGACUAGGAUACAAGAGGCUACAAAAUAACUGGUUUAGCCAGGAUUUUACCUUCUUGUGAUCGUCAGACACUCUGCAGCACAGCAAAGCUCCAUCUGGACUGCACUACGUACAGAUGGUAUGCUGGGCCUCAACUCAGCUCAGCGUUUGACCGCAAUAAAGGCCUCUAUAACAGAGCAGCUUUCCGUUCUGUACAACCAAAGGUGGAUAGAGUAAUGUCCAUGUUGUACUACACUUUGUUUCUCAUCACAAUUCUCAUCAGCAUACAGGCUGCACCAAAGACCAAAGACCAUGCACCAGCAAGGUCUUCAGCAAAAUCCCGAAUUCCUCAUCACACACAUCGAACUAAGUCUCUUCACCAUUCACAUGGAAAACUAGAGGCCAAAGAGUCUUCAUACUUUCGCAAUGUCACAGUGGACCCAAAGCUUUUUAGAAAAAGGAAAUUUCGAUCUCCACGAGUUUUGUUUAGCACCCAACCACCUCCAUUGUCUGAAGACAUCCAAAAUUUGGAAUACUUGGAUGAUGAGGAAUCUCUCAACAAAACUAUUCGGGCUAAGAGGACAGUGCACCCAGUUCUGCACAAAGGGGAGUACUCUGUAUGUGACAGUAUCAGUAUGUGGGUUGGGGAAAAGACUACAGCCACUGACAUCAAGGGCAAAGAGGUGACUGUGUUGGGAGAAGUAAAUAUAAACAAUAGUGUUUUCAAACAGUACUUUUUUGAGACCAAAUGCAGGGACCCAAAGCCAGUUUCAAGCGGAUGCCGUGGGAUUGAUGCAAAGCAUUGGAACUCUUAUUGUACCACCACGCACACCUUUGUCAAAGCAUUAACAAUGGAAGGGAAGCAAGCAGCAUGGAGAUUCAUACGGAUUGAUACAGCAUGUGUCUGUGUGCUAAGCAGGAAAGGUCGAACCUAAGUGAAAACAUUCUUGCCAUCCCAUUUUCUCCCCACCCCUACCUCAGCCUGUAAAUUAUUUUAAAUUAUAUGGACUGCAUGGUAUAUUUAUAGUUUAUACUGCAAAAGAGAGACAUUAUUUAUUAUUAAACAAUUUUUAAAAUUCUGUGUUUGUGAUCUUUCAAGCCUAGUUUAACUUUCAGUUUUUUUUUACAGAUAUAUUAAAAACAAAGUGACCCUGAGUUCUUUCUAUUCUGUAUAAAUGUAUACGUAGCUUAUACACAGGGAGUAUUGAAAAAAAAUCCUUUUAACUUAAUGAAUUAUGAGAAUGAGACUUGACUAUAUAGGGAUCUGAACAUUAUCAUUGGAAUUAAUGUAACAAUAACAUAUAUUUUGCUGCAAGUGCAACAUAUGCAGAUAGAGCAAGCGUAUCUUUAGUAACAUUGGUUUCUGACUGAAUGCUGUGCUGUGUGCACCAUCAGUAAAGUUUGCUCCAUCUAAAGUUAUUUGUAUGUUAAUAAAAGUUAAAUGUAUUUUUAUGAUUGACACAAUUAAAUCCUACUUAACAUGACAUAGAGAUUUAAAGGAGAACAAAAGGCCUCACCUUAUCCUGUGUUUGCAAGUGGUUCCUCCAUUGACCCACAUCAUUUUUG